AUACCCAUUUUAUGUACGUGUAUAACGCAUGUAACGCGUGUUGCAUUUUGCCAUUGAAUUCCUCGAUAUAAACGUUGAGGAGAACAGGAGCCUUGAAUUCACCGGGUGGAGCAAGAUGUAUUUCAGCACUUUCACUCUGUUGGUUUUGGGGAUGUUUGGUAGUAUCGAAGCCAACGCUUUCCAUGGAUAUCCUGGGGUGGCAAGCAUGUCAGCGGAUGCCAGGGCUCGUCCGCCAAAGCGUUGUGUUGCACCAUCGGUUUUCCAAGGGCAAAUCACUCAGCUUGCCUCACCAGGAAAUGCGGUGGCCGUUUCAAACAUUUCAUACGACGCAACUGCGGAGCGCGUGAGGGUGUAUGAAACGAUAUAUUUGCCCAAGAACCAAACCCUGAUUCAGGAAAUCCUGGUGUUUUACAAAAAGGGCGUUGCUUACAUUCGCGACGUGUUAAAGGGUACAUGUGUAAAGGGAACUGCCCCACCAGUAUUCCCGACAAUUAAAGUGCAGAAGAAUGCCAAAUAUGUGGGAGAGAUUUUCUUCGGAAAGUCCUUUUUUCUUCAGUCUUGGGACGAAACGCUUCCAGGCACACCAGUUAAGCUCUUCUCUACAUGGACUGCUGAUGGAGACUGUUACCCCGUCUCUCAAACCGCCAUGAUCGGUAUUGAGCCAGCUACAGUUGUGAUCACUUCGUAUUUCAACAUGACCCUUGGGAUCAAAGACCCCAGCGUGUGGGACAUUCCGGCCGGAUGUCACUCGGCGCCCUGGACGGGAUACUUCCAGGACAAAUAUCUUGGCAAAAGAUGGUAUCUGUAGACCUAUGGCUUGAUGAGAAUGUUUUAGAAGACAUGAAGUAUAGAUUAGAAUAAGAUGUUGGUAGAUUCAAAACUUCAUGAUUUUGUGACAAAAUGUCGUACCCCAGUAUCAAAAUGGAUUCGGAGAUUCAAAUAAUAUGCUAAUUAGGGUGUUUGCACUUUUGUAGGCCAACCCUGGGCACCGCACUCCACGUGUACACGUAGAACAGUACACAAUGGUAAUACUUUGUGAAUGUAGAUGUAAUCGAUAAUGUAGCAUCUCGUGAGCUAAAUCUUCGAGUAACCAACCUACUCUGAGGCUAAAUAUAUAAUCUUUGAAAAUCUAAACUGAAUAGCUUUGAGCUGAUUUCUCUCAUAGGUGACCCUAUAGUGUAAUAGGUAUGUACAUGUAUGUAAUACUCAUAUGGACAUAGGCAUGUCGUAUGAACAUGAAAUAUAGAUUGGAACGGUCAACGGAUCUGUCCAUAGCUGUUGAGUCAAUGGUAGCACUAAUGAUAAGUAACAAAAAGUCUUAUUUUGUAAUCAAUUUCUUUUGUAUUUUUUUGUAGAAAUAAUCAUAACAGUUUUCUAGUAAUAAAUUUUUGAUACCUGGAUUUUAGGAUGGCAAGCUGUGUAAGGAUGAAUAAGGAUGGAAA